UAAUUUUCAGUGAUGCUUGCUUUGCAUGCAGCCAAAGCGCUCCUCGCAAGGUAGUUUAUCACCCCACGGCAAUGGCAAACGGGGAAGGCUGUUUUGCCAAAACUCAAACUAAAUCAACAAGACAUACGCACGCGAUAACACCGAGUUGUUCUAAUCUGGUUACUUCUACUGAUUCCAGCAUUUUGAAGCUGACCCUAACAUUUUGAAGCUGAUUUUCAGAGUAAUCAGCCAAAGGCAAAGGGACUGCGGUGCACAGAUGCCGUAAGUAAAACUGCUGUGCCCAGCAUCAGGAACUUUCCGGCAGUAAUGAAGGUGUUAAGUGCGAUGUCUCAGUCGUGUUCUUCAACUUCCUUUUGUGUCAUUGCUAAAGCAUCACGCAGGUUGGACAAUUUUUCUCGCAGCGGUGUUUGCUUGCUUAGUUAGGUUUUGAGAAGUCGGGUUAAUACCGUGUUCCACGCGGGCUCACAAGCACGAAGUGACUGUUUUUUCUGUGAAUGCUUCGGGGGUGCUGGUGGAGAGCAGCAUCUGCUCGCAAAGCCAUCACGCUCCUGGGCGUGAGAGAGGCUGGAGUUUGCUCCUGCCUUGUCCGACUUCAGUUCUUAGUCGCUUCCGAACGGGAAAUGAUGCUAAACCUCUAUUGGCUCGCUGCAGAACAGUACUACGGGCGGCCCUACAGCCAUCGAAACGAAGUUGCUGGUGGCCCAGGAUGUCACAACGAAGCCCGGAAGCACCUCAGAAAGAUACCGAAGAUUCUGUGUGAGCUGGAUUUCCUGGCUGCAUCAGGAAUCCAAGGCUAGACCUAGAAAAAGCUGUUUUGGGGCCGGGCUCUGCAGAAGGGAGCAGGCUGCCGGGCUGCGCUGUGCAGAGGUCCCCUCUGGUGCGGGCUGUCGGGGCGGUGCUUUCCACGGACCUCCGCCACCGUGCUCGCUGCCGGUGCCUGCCCCACGGAGCCUCCCCUAGUCAGCAGCCUGAGCAUCGGCACUCAGGCGAGGAAGGAGAAAGGGAAGCUUCUCUUUCGCCUUCGCGUUUGAGCCGCCCUCAAGCUACAGUAGCCACUGUGCACCGGGGAGGGGGGAUGGUGGGGGAUCUCGCCUACCCCUUCCAUAUUUAACCAUUACCUAAAUCCGAAGGGAAAUGAGCAAACCUCUAGGCUUGGGUCUUAAGGUAUUUUCAGCGCCGUUGGGCGUAUUUAUCCCGAAAGAGUUUUCCACAACAAGUUAUUUCUAGUCUAGGGGAGGUCUCCGUCGCCCGGGGCCCUGCCUAAGCCCCGAUUCUAAAUGCCACGCACAGCUCGAUGGCGGCUCGACCCCGUCCCCGGGCAGGGGGCAGAGAUGCUGCCCAGAGCCGACUCGGCAGCGCGGGCGCCCUCUCCUCAGUCCCCUGCCCUCUGCGUCUGCCCGCCUUGAGUCAAUCUGUGUUUUGAAUCUGUGACUUGUUCUCGUUGCGGAAGUUGAAGGGGAUCCAAGAAUAGUUCAGAUAGAUGUGUAUAAUUUCUAGAGCAGAACCCCGAGAGAAAUGAAACGCCCCGUUCCAGAAUGACACUUUGGUGUCACUUCAGCGAGCCCUGUGAGGUGGAAUACGAAGCUCCUAACGCUCAGGAAGUGGAGUUUGUGGUUUAGGGGGCCGAGCUCUGAAGGAGUUGAGAGGCACAGAAAAAAAAAAAAAAAAAGAAAAAGCCAACUCAAGCACCAUUGCUCCUUAAAGGGAGGCUAAAUUUAAAGUCACCCAAACUGGCAGCCUGCGGCGCAAAUCCCGUCUGCAGCCCAGCUUCCUUCACCCCUCCACAUGGGUCGCCUUCCCGCCGCCGCCCCGCGGGAGAGUCGGGGGUGACGCUUGCGGCCGCCGUGCCCGGCGCUUGGAGAGGGAGCGCGGCAGUGCCGGCCGCGGGAGCACCCCCACCAUGCCGAGGUCCUUCCUAGUGAAGAGCAAGAAAGCGCACAGCUACCACCAGCCUCGCUCCGCCGACGAGGACUACAGCCUGCGGCUGGAGACGGUGCUAGCCCAGAUCUGUGCAGACAGCAAGAUCCCCGAGGACGCGGGUCUGUGCCGCACCAUCCUGCCCGACCCAGAACCUUCCCAGGGACGCUUCUCCCCGGAAUCCCACCUUGCCGAGGCUGCCGAUGGCACCUCCGAGUCAGCGCCCAGCUGCGAGGGCAGCGUCUGUGACAGAGUGUCCGAGUUUGAGGAUUUCUGGAGACCUCCCUCGCCCUCCGUCUCGCCAGCCUCUGAGCGAUCUGUGUGUCCAUCCCUAGAUGAAGCACCCCCUUUCUCAGUGCCCUUCAAGCCGUACAUGUGGAACAGCCUGGCUGGCUCUGAACUGAGGCAUCUUGUGCAAAGCUACAGGCCCUGCCCAACACUGGAGCGAACCUCAGCCCUUGGGCUCUUCUGUGAGCGAGGCUCUGAGUCUGCCCUCUACAGUGCUGAGUGUAGCUCUUCUCUUGGACUUUAUGGUGACUUCAGCUCCCCAGGCCCGGGGCUGUAUGAGCGUCCGCCAGCAGCAGCACCCAGACUCUAUGCUGAGACACAGCCUGGGCUGCAGCAAGAGAAGGGCCCAGGUGGCAUCAAAGUGGAGUCGGACCUCUUGUGCCGCCCAUUGCUCAUCAGUACUGGCUCUUACAAGUGUGUCAAGUGCAGCAAGGUCUUCUCCACACCACAUGGCCUUGAGGUACAUGUGCGCCGCUCACACAGUGGCACGAGGCCCUUUGCCUGUGACAUGUGUGGCAAGACCUUUGGCCAUGCAGUCAGCCUGGAGCAGCACAAGGCUGUGCAUUCGCAGGAACGCAGCUUUGAUUGUAAGAUUUGUGGCAAGAGUUUUAAGAGAUCUUCUACUCUGUCUACCCACCUGCUCAUCCACUCGGACACACGGCCCUAUCCAUGCCAGUACUGUGGGAAACGGUUCCACCAGAAAUCUGAUAUGAAGAAGCACACCUUCAUUCACACAGGUGAGAAGCCUCACAAGUGCCAGGUGUGUGGGAAAGCCUUUAGUCAGAGCUCCAACCUCAUCACCCACAGUCGGAAGCACACAGGCUUCAAGCCCUUCGGCUGUGAUCUGUGUGGCAAAGGCUUCCAAAGAAAGGUGGAUUUACGGAGACACCGGGAGACACAACAUGGCCUGAAAUGAGUCCCAGCUGCAAUAUGGAAAGCAUCUACAACACUAUGAGAAUAGACUCCCUUGGCUUCCCCAAUGGACCCAUGCCUUGUCCUAAGCAUAGAGCCUGGUAUUACCUUUCUGACCAGGAGCUCAGAGGGGAAAGAAGAGGACAGAGCCAUGUAUUAACAGCUUAACCUGAAUGACUAUGACAGCAGAAAUUAAAAGGCUGGGGUUUCUCUCUUUCUCUUCUCUCUGUUUCUGAAAUAACACUGGAAAAUAAGCCUUUUAAAAGCCUGAUACUCCAAAGAUGGAUAAGCUACCAAAUAUCUGUAAGCUGGAAAAUAUUUCUCCCAUGGCCAAGGUGAACCCAUUGAAGUUCAGUAGCUUGAAUCACCUCACAGGGAAAUAUGGGUAUAACAGUGUUUACACAGUAAUGACAGCCUUCUGCAGUGAUGUAUGGAGCACUCACCUUGGUUGAGUUUCAGUGGCUUCACUCUUGGUUUCCUGUCAGGAAAACCUGGAGGAUCAGGACUGAGCUGUGCAGUUUGACAUCUUCUUGCUGGUUUUUAAGCAAAGGUACUAGCUUGGGCCUGAUCCUGCUCUCACCUGUUCUGGUGCAAACAAGGAGCUGCAUUAACAGUUACACAGACACCCUUUUUACUGUUCCAGAGCUAUCUCUGUGCAAAGCCUGGUUGUGUGCAUGUGUGUUUGAGGCAUAGGGGUUACAUCUUGCUACACCCUCUGGGGAGAAGGAAGCUUGUGAAAGACAAGUGGAAAAGCCAAAGCACAGAGUUAAUGCCUUAUAACUAGAAACCCAUGAAACAAGUGAUCCUGACUGAGGAGGGCAAGAGCACCAGAGAGGUGCAGACUUUCUGUCCAGAACUGUUCCUGGCCUCCACACUAUGAGCUUGUUCAAAUAACUGGAAAAUAGCUACUCAGUAGCAUCAUUUGUAUAUUUGUUUUAGUUUUUUAUUUUUUAAAGGGAAACUUGGUUGAGGUGGGCAGGAAUCAUUAUAAAAGUAUAAUUGACUGAAUUUGCCUUAAAUGACCCUGCAAGUACCUCGGUUAAAAUAAAAAGAAGCUGUUUUUACUUAGUUGACAGGUUUGUAAAUGUCUUUAUUUAGAUUUUAUGAAGUGUCUUAUGUUUAUUGGUACGUAUUUAUUGGAACAAUGUUUUAAGUUAAUAAAGUAAUGAGGAUGUUC